GGCGUCCGGCGCUGCUGUGGAGGCGAUGGCUCGCUUCGCGACCUUGGUCCUGCUCGGGCUGCUCUCUCUGUCCUGCCUGGAAGCCAUAGAGCGUGCUCCAAAAGUUCAGGUUUACUCACGGCACCCAGCUGAGAAUGGAACGCCAAAUUUCCUGAACUGCUAUGUGUCCGGCUUCCAUCCACUGGAAAUUCAAAUUGAUUUGUUGAAGAAUGGGAAGGAAAUGAAAGUGGAACGCUCAGACUUGUCUUUCAGCAAGGACUGGUCCUUCUAUCUUCUGGUCCACACUGAAUUUACUCCCAAGGAAGGAGAUAAGUAUAGCUGCCGUGUGAAUCACCUUACUCUCUCUGAACCCAAGAUAGUUCAGUGGGAUCAAGACAACUAAUUAGCAGUGGAGGUUUCAAGAUUCCUCAUGUGGACUGGACUAAUUCCAAAU